UUUAAACUACCGAGGAGCCUACCACAAGAACAAGGUGAAACGGACACCACCACCUCGGACCCAACGAAGGUACCCUGUGAAAGCACCUUAUUACCAGAAAGGGGGAUAUCAAAAAUAAUGGAGGACCCCCCAUCCGCUUUGGAGACAAUUAUCCCUAGUAGUAGGGAAAUUAUCAGGGGAUCAUUUCUAAAACGAGGCAUUCCUGACGCGGCGAUACCAAUAUUGAUUGAUUCAAUAAGUAAAGCGACUUUUAAACAAUAUGCAGGAACAUAUAAAAAAUGGUGGUUAUUUUGCCAGCGUAAUAAGGUAGACAUUUACCAGGCAAAUGUUGGAAAUAUUAUUGCUUUUCUUAAUGACCUUUUUUUAAACAAAGCAUCAUAUACGACUUUAAAUACUCAUCGGUCAGCAUUAUCAUUAAUUCUAAAUUACAGUAACGGGGAUGAAAUUUUGAUUAAGAGAUUCCUUAAGGGUGUGUACAGGGCUAAGCAAUGCUUUCCAAAAUACAAGACAACAUGGGACCCCCAGCCAGUCUUGGAAUAUCUAAAGAAAUUAUACCCGUUAAAUACACUUUCUUUGGAAAUGCUUACAAAAAAACUCGCAUCGUUAUUAUUAUUGGCAACGGGACAGAGACUCCAAACUAUUUCUAAGAUUAAAAUUCAAAAUAUUCAUGGUAUAGAAUCCUCAAAAAUUAAAAUUUUUAUCACAGAAAUACUUAAAACAUCAAGUUAUAAUCGUCAGCAGCCAGUUUUAGAGUUCAAUUAUUUUACAGAAUGUCCGGAGUUAUGUGUAGCGAAUACAUUAAAGGCAUAUUUGUUAAGAACAAGUUCAUUAAGAAAAGAUACUGACGAGUAUCUUAUGCUUACAUUUAAAAAGCCCCAUCAUAUAGCUAGUUCCCAAACUAUUGGCCGUUGGAUAAAAAAUAUAUUAAAAAUUAGUGGAAUUGAUACAAACAAGUAUCAUUCUCACAAUACGAGACAUGCUACAACCUCAGCGGCUUUUAGGAAGGGAAUUGGUAUAGAUCAAAUCAAAGAUACUAUAGGAUGGUCUCAAAGCUCGCAAGUGUUCCAGAAAUUUUACAAUCGGCCUUUAGAAGGCAAUAAAUUAAAUUUUGUAGAAUUAAUUCAGGGAAAUAAUUAAUAAUUUUUAAGAUAUAUGUAUCUCAGAUCUUUCAUAAUUAUAGAAAAUAAAUGUUUAUGUAAUAUUUUGUUUACCUGCUAAGGUAUUAUACUUAGGUUUAAGUGUUGAUGAUAUUUUUUUUUGAUUGUGUUUUUUGUUAUAAACAGAAGGUAAAUAAAUUUAAGGUUUUGCUUACUGGGAAAUAUUAGAAUUAUGUUUAAAUAUAUUAUAUUUUUAGAAAUUUCUAUACAUAACUUGUUUAAUUUAACUGCCAACAAAAAAUAGAAUUUUAGGGCCUUUAAACAUCUACAUGUAUAAUAUCUAUUUGGACGAGUAUACGAAAUAUAAUUUUAAGAACAAACGACUUACCUGUAGGAAGUUCGUUCUGAAUUAUAUGAGUAUACUCGUCCAAAUAGAUAUGUCCCAUACCCGGUUAAUUGUUAAAUCCCACCCGAAAUUCUAUUUUUCCACAAAAUGUAAUGAUUCAACCAGGUCGGGCGUGCAGCGGCAAGGAUGAUAAGAGAAAAAAAAUUAUGAUUCACUCUUUGUAAAAAUGUGCUCGAUAAAGUAAGAAUAGUGUAACUACAUGUAUAAUAUCUAUUUGGACGAGUAUACUCAUAUAAUUCAGAACGAA